CUAUGGUUGGGGUUAUUUUGCUUUCUAAAUUUGUUAGUCUAUUCGUUUAAUUAAAGUGAUACGAUUUCAUAUAUCUGUGAAGUUGAAAAUGGAUUUAUUUGUGAUAUUGGCUUUUAUUUUCUGCCUUCACCAAACGCCGUCAGGGGCGGUUUCCAACCAGACGCUUGCAAAGGGACUUUUUGAUUCUUUGCUGACUGAUUAUGACGUCAGCCUCAUUCCCUUGUGCACUUUCGAUGACAAGGUCACGCUAAACAUUGACCUUGCCCUACGACAAAUAAUGGAGCUGAAUGAACGAGAACAGAUUUUGACCACAAACGUUUGGUUGAGGAUGCGUUGGAACGAUUGUCGUCUGCAGUGGGACCCGACGUCUUACAACAACCUCACGUAUGUCAUGAUGACGUACGGUGACGUAUGGACACCUGACGUCACUCUCUAUGAUAGCGCGGCAGAGGAGGUCAUGUUUCCCGGAGGAGAAGACUACCGCGCGUACGUUUCUAGUUCCGGUGACGUCACAUAUAACUUUCCGACAGUCACCAAGAGUAUCUGCAGGGUAAAUGUGAAGUAUUUCCCGUUCGACACCCAGGAGUGCAGCUUACAGUUCGGUUCCUGGUCGCACCACGGUCUUGACCUUGACUUUGUCAAUCGAAACUCUGCAGGUGACCUUGACACUUACAUCGAGAACACCGAGUGGUCCGUCUUGCGAAUCCCCGUCGAGCGCCACGAGCUUUUCUACAACUGUUGCCCGGAACCAUAUCCGGAUGUGACGUUCACGAUCGUGAUGAAGCGCCGUCCUGCCUUCUAUCUCCUCACAAUGAUGUUCCCGUGCAUCCUUACUUCCUGUGUGGCGGCCCUGGCGUUCCUACUUCCGGUGGAGAGCGGCGAAAAGGUGUCCCUGGAAAUUACCGUUCUCCUGUCCCUCGCGGUCUUCCUCCUCCUGGUGUCAGAGUCACUUCCGCCUUCCUCGGAUGACUUUCCCAUCAUAGGUUCGUACUUCGCGAGUUCCAUGGUACUUGUGUCGCUGUCUCUCCUGCAGACCGUCGUCGUCCUUAACGUCUUCUAUCGUGGAACCAAUGGCCGUCGAGUGCCCAGAUGGGCGAAGGUCGUGUUCCACCAGUACAUUGGCCGUGUCCUGUGUAUUCCGUCUUCCAAAGUUGGCGUUGAUGAUACCCCUAUGCAGGAGAUUGUAAAUCAUGAACGCCAUCCACCAGAAAAGCGUUCAAAUGUUGAACAAGAUGACAGCAGAUUGGAUGACACAACUGAAACCAAACUCACAAACAAUCACAUAACCAUGGAUAACCAUAGCCCAAUGAUCAAAAGAAAUGGCGUUCUACCAGGGUUCGUCCGUAGCAAUAAGGUUGAUGGGCAAAUGGAUGGAUCAUUAAAUCUGAAAGAGAGAUAUUUGAGGAGAAUUGUCAGUCAUUUGGAAGAUGACCAAAAUAAGGAAGACCUUGGAUCAGAGUGGAGGGAUAUCUCAAAUGUCUUGGACCGACUAUUCCUGGUGUUAUACAUACUGAUACUGGUCAUUACAACACUUUCAUUUCUGUUGCAAGCUGUGUGAAUCGUGUUCUGAUAAUUGAAGCGCAAUUGACGCCUGUCUCAAUAUGAUGUGUUUUGAAAAUACUUGUAUCAGGUUAAACACUAACGACAAUCAAACAAAGAAUUGUUUGAAAAUACUUAUUAUGUAGUGUCUUUCAUCAACAAUCAUCUAGGUUAUUGUUUUCUUCAACGAUGCAAUUACAUAGUGUUUCACCAACGUUGUAAUACAAAUCUAAUAUAUUUCAUCAACUUUGGAAUGAUCUGCUUGCUUUAAUCAAAGAUUUUAUUAUCGAGAUGUUUCAUCAACGAUGAAAAAUAUCUACUUUCCUUCAUCAACGAUGGAAUAAUCGGGUUUCAAUUUUCGUUGGAAUCAUAUAGUUUCUUUCUUUGACGUUUCUUUUACAAUGAUGUUAUGAUAUAGUUUCUGUCAUCAAUUAUGUUAUGAUAUAGUUUCUGUCAUCAAUUAUGUUAUGAUAUAGUUUCUGUCAUCAAUUAUGUUAUGAUAUAGUUUCUGUCAUCAAUUAUGUUAUGAUAUAGUUUCUGUCAUCAAUGAUGUUAUUAUAUAGUUUCUGUCAUCAAUGAUGGAUGCUUAUACACAUAUGAGUGUU